UUUGGGGAAAUCAAAAGUUUAGACUAGUGUGGACGAAAGUGGUGGAAGCACAAAGCAGUGGAGAGAAAGGUGUUCACAUCUGGCCUCCAAAGAGCAUCUGAAACGUUGGCCUGAAAUUUUCAGUCAGCUGUGAUCUGGAUCAGGUUCUUACUCAGCAGAAAAUUAAGUGAUCUGAAUGAAGAAGACUUCGUUUGCAGGAAUGGCAACCUCCCUGUCAAAGGAGCUCACUUUCAAGAACUUGCUGUUGGCCAAGAACAUGGAAGAUCCCAACAGCAAAUUGUCCUCCUGUUUCAGUUUUGCUCUUGAGAAUCUCCAGAAUGAACCACCGUGUGUGAGAAGCAAUGCCCAUCUCACCAUUUCUGAUGGGCCCACUCUGAUGGAGUUCACCUCUGGCAAAGGAGAAUGUGGAAUCACAGUCUUCCACAAUCAAGGCAAAGUCCAGUAUGACGUCUUUGUACCCAGCUGGGAGCUCUAUGUUUCUCGUCUUUGCUCUAGCUCACAGCCUCUUAUCCUUGGUAAUAUCCUCAGCAUCCGUAGCCAUCUACAUAGCUGGGGUUCAUCCAGACCAGGGUUUUCUUCUUUGGCCUGCUUUGACCUGGCAGCUGAGAGAUUUUCCAUGGAACCCCAAGUCAUCCAGAAGGAUGCUGAGAUGCUGGUGGAAUGUGGUGGGAAAGUGUUGAAGUUUGUCUCUGGCCAUGGAAGCUGUAAGAUUUCUGUCUUCUUUAAACAAGGAGAGGCCAAAUAUGAAGUCCAGGUAGACAACUGGGAUGUAGUCAUGGAGCGUUUCCAGACUGGGGUGGAGCCACUGACUUUGGAAAACUUGUGGAGUGUGAAGAACAGGCUGAGCUCCCCAGAAUGGUUGGAGCUGAGGUGUUGCCUAGAUGAGGCUAUGACCAGAUUUUCCCAGGAACCCCUUUGUGUUCAGAAUAAUGCUAAGAUGCUGAUUGUAGCCAACAAUGAGAAAAUUGUGCUGAUCUCUGGGAAAGGGCAGAAUGUCAUCACAGUAAUAUAUAAAUUUGGUUUGAUUGAGUAUAAGUUGUCAGAGCGAGGGUGGUGGGAGGUGGCAGCUAGGGUGCUGCAAAAGAAAGAGAUGCUUACAAGAACAGAGUGCUAACUAUGAGCUGGGAUAUCUCAUGGAUUAAAUCUUAUUUUAGCUCUGUGGUAACCCGGAGGCUUAAGGAAACCUCCAUCUCUUAGACCUGACUCCUCACGUGCAGUAUGGAAAUAAUAACCCCAGCCUAUAUUAAAGUUCUAAAUCAAUCUCCUGCUACCUCAGGGAUGGGAAAACUGUGAUCCUUCAGAUGUUGUUGCAGGUCAGUUCCCAUUAGACCCAGCCAACAUGGCCAACAGUUGGGGAUGUUUGGAACUGUAAUCCAAAAUGUCUGGAGAGCACCCAGGUUGGCGAAGACUGUUCUAAAUGAUCUGGAACUGGUAUACCCUAAUGAUCAUUUUUUCCAAUACAAAAUUACCAAUCAGUUGAUGUGACAUUGUUCCCUGGAUUCUUCCAUCAUUGGAAGUAAAACAGGUCGUUACUCUGUAGUGGCCCUCUUGCUGUCUUUUAGGGGCAAGGCUCAGACCAUCCUAUUUUCCCAGCUUAUACAAUUACAUACAAUGGCUUUUAUGUGACUUUAUUCUGCAUUGCUGUUUUAGUUCUGCUUUUCUUAGCUUUACUUUUUCUAAUUCUCGUCAAAGACAUAUAUUUUAUAUAGUAUCACAACAGAAUAGAAUAUGCAUCAUUCCACUCUUAAGAUCAGAUACAUAAUGGGUAUUAGGGAAGCUCCCUGUGAACUCCCUGGAAGCACAGCUGAGGGGGGUCAUUGGACAUUGUGGACCUUCCUCUCCAUCCAUGGAGAAGAAUAUCCACCAUCAGAGACUUCCUUGAAAAGCUCAGCUGCCACUGCUCUUUCACUAUUGGUGUUCCAAGGGUGGUCAGAAGAAAAAAAGGUGUGUCUUGGGUGAGGGCUUGGAUCUAUCCUUCCCAUCCUCCCACACAAGGAAACCCAUACAAGGGAGAGCUAUAUGAGCCCUAGAGCUGGAAUGCUUAUUUUACCUGUCAUCGAAAUCAAUGGGAGAGUUAAAAAAAAAAAAAGCAAAGGUGCAGGGGGGAGGGAAAAUCCCCCUUUCAUCCUGACUGGCACAAACCCUGCAGGGCUUACGAAAUGGUGGCUCUUCCUCCACAGAUUCUUCCAUCCCCAUCACCCUACUCAUGUGCUUAAUAUACUUUAAGAAAACCCUAGAAUAAUAAUAGAUUGAACCUUAAUUGCCUUAAACCAAUUUGUUAGAGUUGGCAGCUUAAACACCAUUCCUUAAUAGCUAUCUCUCAAUUAGUUGAUAAUAAAUAUUCUUGAGAAAUGAUUUGAUUAAAAUGCCUGUCCCAGGACAUUAUGAACUGAUUCCAAUUCAAGUUAAGUCCUGCUGAUGCCACCUUGAGCUCUUUGGAUUCAGUAUAAUAGCAUGUCAGUGUAAUAAUGAUCUCUGAGAUCAUCCGGAGGAGAACCGCUAAUUGCUCCCGCCCCCAUCUUACAGAAGCCCAACUAGCAUCAACUAGAAGUUGGGCAUUUGGUGUUGCUCGUCCCAUGCUGCGGAACACUGUCCCAGCAGAGAAUUGACAAGGAUCCUUGCUUUUGACUUUCAAGACCUUUUUAUGCCAACAAGCUUUUGUAGCUGUUCAAUUUUUUUUUGUAAUUAGCCAGUCACUGUAAUGAUGAUCUGCAUUGUUUAAUGUUUUGAUGUUGUAUACCACAUUGAUAUUUUAUAGAAAUACUUUUAUAAAUCAAUCAAUAAAAUAAUAAAUAAUGGUAGAGGCAGAGCAUUUAUAAAUCUGUUGAAUUAUGUGUUGUAUUGAUGGACCCACUUGCAUACAGUGGAAUACCUGUAAUAAGAACUUCCUCUCCAGAAAAUCAAAUGUCUUAAAGGCAUCUAGCAUCAAUACCUCUAGUCCUAAUUAGUGCUCUUGCAAUGGUAAAUCACAUUCAGUGGCCUCCUAACUGGGUUUGCUCUUUGCCUUGUAAUCCCAAAGCCAAACUGGAUAAUGAUUGUUUUAAUAUUUCCUUUGUCACUUAUGAUCUCUUAUUUUGAAAAACAGUUAGUUAUUUCUUCAGUGCUUAUAGUAGCCCCAUUGUAAUUGCUCCAUUUAUUAUAUUGCAGUAAUUUUUUAUAUAAUUUACUGUUUAUUUUCUAUCAUGCUUUCACUGUGUUAAAUACAUAUUUACAAAUUUUCA